GUGUAAACAUGGGGACAGCAACCUGUAUGUUCCGGAUGAUCAUGGUGACCCACGACAUGCUGUUCAGUAGUGUGACUGUCCAGGUAGAAGACAUGCAGUCCCACGAGUUCCUUACUCCGAAGCUGCUCCAAUUCAUUGAUGCCCUCGCUGGUAUCAUCCCUGCCAACCAGGACCUGGUCUACCUCUUCAGCAUCAAAGACGAGGAAACCAUGAUCCUCAACAUCACCUUUGCGGCGCAACGUCCCGAUGGCUCCUUCUUUAGCUCCCAGUACCUGCAGGAGAGGGUCUACCUCAAGCGCAGCCAGCUCUCUGAGGCGCUAGGUGCUACUGUUCUUCCAUUUGGCGAUAACCUUUGCCUCAACGAGAUAUGCAGUGACUUCUACCAGUGCAUUGCACCUCUCGUCUUCUGGACACCUGGUGGUUUCAUCGCAACAACAUCAGUCAUCUUCCGUUCCAUCCAUCCUGAGACUAUCUACAAGUGCGACUGUCCUCCAGGAUUCACAGGGAACUACUGUAUGACAGAGAUCAACUUCUGCUACUCCAACCCCUGCAUGAACCAAGGGGUGUGCGUUCAGAAGGAAGCUGGAUACACAUGCCUGUGCCAAGAAGGAUUUAUAGGAACCAACUGUGAGAUUGAUAGCGGUACAGAGCGCUGCACGGGCUCAACAGAUAGCAUCUGCAAGCAUGGAGGUACAUGUCGAAACUUUCUCAACGGGGGCUUCGAUUGUAGCUGUCCCAACCCGUACGAGUUUGAUGGUCCUUUCUGCGAGGUUCGGACGCGGAAUUUUCCGCCUAAAUCAUUCAUGAUGUUCUGGUCGCUGAGUCAGAGAGUGAGGCUCCAACUGUCUGUCAGCUUUUCCUCCACGGAGCCCAACGGACUGAUCUUCUACAAUGGCCGCUACAACCAGCAGCAUGACUUCAUCGCCCUGGAGAUCGUCAACAGCCAGGUUCGAUUCUCCUUCUCCACCGGUAGCAUUGUCACCACGGUAACCGCAUCCAGACAGGGAGGAGUCAGCGAUGGGGAGUGGCACACUGUUGCGAUUGAUUACAAUUUUAGGACUGCAAGGAUUAUUCUGGAUGAUUGUGAUCCUGCUGUAGCCCUUGACAAUGGCCACCAGUUUGAUGACUUUACUUGCGCUGCAGAAACACAGUUCCUUGGAGAACUCAGAUUCCUGGACCUCAAUGGACCCUUCAUCAUUGGCGGUCUCCCAGAGCUUCCCAGUGAGUUCCCUGUGGAGAAUACUGACUUUGACGGCUGCCUGCGUGACAUCUACAUCAACAACGAGCUCCUGGAUCUUGCCACCAAUGUGGAGGACUACAACACGGAGCCGGGCUGCCCUCACAAGGCCAACUUCUGCGAGAGCGACCCCUGUCAUACUGGAGGGUCCUGUGAGAACGGUUGGGACCGCUACCAUUGCCAUUGCUCUAGUGGCAGUGGAGGAGUCAAUUGCCAGGAAGCCUUGUCCACCCCCAUUCGCUUCAUCGGUGAGAGCUACAUGAGAUUUGAUCUUACGCAUACCGUCAGCCUGCCCUGGACCAAUCGGGUUGUGUUUCGCACCGGCCAGCCCAAUGGCGUCCUCAUGUUUAUCCAACUGUCAAACAACAUCAACAUUCGCAUUGAGCUUGUUGAAGGCCACCUUCACUAUGUGACCAGUUCAGUGGAUGUCCAGCUUGACCAGGUCACAUUCAAUGACCGAGAGUGGCAUGACAUCAAGGCAGAAUGGAAGAACGAUAAAAUCAAGCUCUCCUCGGACUUUGACAAAUACAAAACGUCUGUGCAUGCGACUGAUGCUAUCAAUGGAAAGACAGUAGAGAGAGUGGAUCUAGGCGGGAGGCUGACUGAUAAUGGCAUGUACAAUGCUUUCACAGGAUGCAUGCAGGGUAUGUCUAUCGGUGAAAGGCCCCUGGACCCAUCUACUGUGGAAGGUGUUAACAUUGAGGAGGGAUGUAAUGUCCCUAGAGCAUGUGAGACUGCCAAGUGUCCAAUCCACAGUGUUUGUGUGGAUCUGUGGGAUGCGAAUGAAUGCCAGUGUAAUAAAGGUUACGUCGGUCCCGACUGUGUAUCGGCCUGCGACCUGCGCGUCUGUGAGCAUGGCUCCUCUUGCACGCUUGACUCGUCCUCAGAAUUCGGCUACACCUGUUCCUGCUCUGACCUCUACUACGGAGACCACUGUGAGAACAUCAUCAACGAGUGUGCGGACGACUGGUGGGGUCACCAGAUCUGUGGCCCUUGCGAGUGCGAUGAGGAGAUGGGCUUCGAGUCUGCCUGUAACAAGACAACCAGCGAGUGCUACUGUGCGGAGCACUCGUACCGACCAUCUGACAGCGAUACCUGCUUUCCUUGUAACUGCUAUGAGAUUGGCUCCCUAGGCCAGGAUUGUAACCAGGAGACCGGGGCUUGUACCUGUAAGAGGGGUGCCAUCGGUAGACGAUGUGAUGAAUGUGUUGACCCACAUGCUGAGGUCACUCUCAGGGGUUGUGAAGUGGUGUAUGACUCAUGUCCCAAGCGUUUUGCCGAGGCUCUGUGGUGGCCAAGAACCAAGUUUGGAAAGACGGCUACCUUGGACUGUCCUGGAGAGAGCUACGGCUUUGCCACCCGUUACUGCGAUUUAGAGACGAACUGGCAGACACCCAGUCUCUUCAACUGUACCUCAGACAAUUUCCUUCAACUGCAGAAUAUACUGCAAACUCUGCAGAAUGGUCAGAAACUAUACCCAGAGGUAUCCUUUAACAUCGCCAUGCAACUCCAGGAAGCCACAAACGAGACAGAUCUUUUCCAUGGGAAUGAUAUCAACAUUGCUUACCAGGUCUUAGGCUACCUUCUCAGACAUGAAAGUAAGCAAGUGGGACUGAAUGUGACUGCCACCAUCAUGAAGUCCUUUACAAAGAACAUUGUUGAAACAGUGAGUCGCCUGUUUGAGCCUCAGAACCGUAUUCAUUGGGAGAUGAUUCAGCAGACUUCAAGGGGGACGGCUGAGAUCAUGGAGGACAUGGAGAAGUUUGCUCUCAACAUCGCUAAAUUCACGAACUCAUUCUCCUACACUCCAGAGUUCUCCAUCAUCACCCCUAAUAUCAUCAUGCACCAUGACAUCAUCCUGCGAGAUAACUUCUCCAUGAGGGCCGUUCCUGAGUACGAGAUGGAGACCCUUCUUUCUCUUGAAGACAACUCUCAAGUCCACAUCCCCGGUGACCUGGUCAAGCCACGGACAGAGAUUGAUGACCCCAACCAGAUCUCCGUCACCAGUAAUGUUGCCGUGACAGCCUUCAUCCUCUACUCCACCUUGCAGAAUCUUCUCCCAAACAGCACCAAGGACAAUGUCAGGAAACCUACCAAUGAUGUUGGCCAGAUCAUUGACUCACCAGUGGUAUCCUUCUCCAUCUAUGAUGAGCUGGCCAAUGGUACCCUUCCUGACCCUCUUCUUACUCCAGUCAUCGUAGAGUUCCAGUCUAUAGAUGCAGUCAACAGGAGUGGACCACAGUGUGUCUAUUGGGACUUUGAAUUCAAUAAUGGUACUGGUGGAUGGUCUACCUAUGGCUGUGAGCUGAGUGGUUAUAACAGAACUCACAUCAACUGCUCCUGUUCUCAUCUCACUAACAUAGCAGUCAUCAUGGACAAUGCACCUUACAUGUAUGUGGAGGAAGUGAUGAUCACCCUGUCCAUAGCUGUCUACAUAGGUGUGGGUAUUGCCAUCUUGUGUCUCCUCAUCACCUUCCUGACUCUCCUGGGUGUGUCCAACCUACACACCAACCUCAACAGUAUCCAUAUCAACCUCUGCUUCGUCCUCAUCGCGGCGGAGGUCACCUUCGGUGUAGGCAUCAGUACAGAAAACAAUUAUGCCUGCACAGCAGUGGCCAUCAUUCUUCACUACGCCCUCCUGGCUGCGUUUGGAUGGAUGUUUGUUGAGGGUGUCCAUCUCUAUCGCAUGAUGACAGAGAUCAGAGACAUCAACACCGGUCCCAUGACCUACUCCUAUGUCCUAUCCUAUGGUCUGUCGGCUCUCAUCGUUGGACUGGCUGUACCUCUCAGUAACAUCAACUAUGGGUCCCAGGUCAACAGCAGGAAUGAACACUUCUGUUGGUUUUCUGUUGACGACUUGUUGAUUUGGAGCUUUGCUGGACCAGUUCUUGCAGUAGUGGCAAUGAAUAUGGUGGUGAUCUUCCUAGCAAUCAUGGAGUCCUGCAGAUCAGCUAACAAGAACCCAGAGUUUGGAAAAUUGAGGUCUGGUAUCCGAUCCGCCGGCAUCCUUCUACCUCUGCUUGGCAUCACAUGGGUGUUUGGUUUGCUUGCUGUCAAUCAAACUCUCAUCAUCUACCAGUAUCUCUUUGCUAUCUUUAAUAGCAUCACAGGACUAGCUAUACUCCUAUUCCACUGUGGCCUGGAUUAUAGGGUACGGAAUGAGUGGUGUAGAUGUUGCCACAGGAUGCAAGGAAAACAAUACAAACCAGAAAUUAAUACCAGCACGAACUCGCGAUCUGCACUGACAUACAGUAAAAACGAUUCCGUUGGCACGCCAGGCAGAUACAACAUUGGCAUAUCGACAGCGUCGGUAGGUGCAAGUAGCCGUUCAUCGAAGCUGAGUAUUAACCCCCAUACUUACCGACCCGAUGGCUACCUGCGCAAGACGGCCAGCACGACCACCACUUCCCCCUCUAACCAUUUUGACUAUGUGCCGUCAUACUACAAAAAUAAUGCAGAAACAAAUUUAGAUGCAGCUCAUAUGGGUAUGAUGGGACACACCAAUCCUGUUAUGAAUGUAUUAGAAGCAGUGUAUACCUUUCCAAAGGAAUGGCCUGCCUUACCAUAUAACGACUCUGAUUCUGACAGCGAUGCGUCGGUUCAGCGCCAGAGAGACAGUAUGUCCUUAGCAUCAUCUCACUCUUCAGAUGAUGAGGAGUUGGCUCCCCUCCCUAAUAAAGAACAGUGGAAGAGCACACCCAAGAAAGUCAAUUUACCAGAUAAUAUUCCUCAAACUGUGAUAGCACCGGUCCAUAGUACACCUAAAGUAAAACCUUCACCAGAAAUGCUUCACAAGAAAAUCUAUUCUGGGGAUAUCUUAACAAGUGAUAAUGAGACGCGACAUAGAGCAGAGCUCAAGAUAUUAGAUCCUAAACUCCCUCCCCCAGAGAGUGAUAGAGAGGGGAGCCAAUACAGUGGCAGUGUGUCAGGAAGCCGGACACACCUACCAGCUGUCUCCCAGCGUCCAGACAUCCUGCCCUUGAAGGGUAUCAUGAAGACCCCUGGUAGCUCCCACAAGGGCUCACCCAACACCUCUAGCAGCUCACAUAGUAGCCUGGCCAAGAUUCCGGCCGAUGUCAUCGGACACCAGGACAAGCUGACCGUCCGACCCGCUGGCGGUCAGGGCGACAACGAUUCAGAUUAUGUUGAUAUAACAUCUGGUGGCAGCAGCAACGAGACAUCUGUAUGACAGUAGUAACCGCUGACAAACCGCAGUUGAUGGAGUAUACAAUUUUCAACCAACGAGGGGGCUAUUGCAAAUCUACUUGUACAGAUAGGCUAAUUUAGAAGUUCCGAACCGAGGACAAACUGGAAUAUUUUAAUCGAGAGUGAAUCACUCUUGAAAGUUAAUAUCAAAGUGUACAGUUUUCUUACUUGUGUAUUUAGCCUGUAUUUGCUCAAAUAUAACUGUUGUAAACCAUGUGCAAAUGAUGUCUAUAUGAAAUGCAUGUAAAUUGUACUAUGAUAAGGAUAAGUGGCAUUGAAUAUUUUUUAAAUGUCACGUAUCGAAAGAUUUUGUUUGUUUCUUUCAAGAGGGUGUCUAUGAUUUGAUCUGAAAUCUUUUGAUAUUUGAAUGAAUUUAAUGAGUAAUUUAUUAAGAUAUAUUGAUUUCUCUAAAUGUAUGCUUUUUUGAUAGUACGAAAUGAAAUAACCAUGUCCAUCAAAUUUCUGACAAGUACAUGACGUGAUAUGUAAAUUAUUUGUACAGUACUAGUUAAGAAAAGUUCUCUUAAUGUAAGAAGUACAAGUUGAUGAUGAGGAAAGACCUUUCUGCCACAUGUAAAUUGAUUCAAGUUAAUCAUCUGUCUUGUGUACCAUACCACAUGAGAAUCAAUGAAAGCAAAAUAACAUAGUGACCGAAUUUGAGAACCAUGGCCGAGUUCUGCCACUUCAUGGCGUGAUCAUCAUCAAUGAUUCAGUGUUUUUUUAAUAGAAAGAAUGUGCACAGCUUUGGUUGUGUUGAGAAUAUCAAGCCUCGAAAUGUCAACAAAGGCAGGUCUGUCAAAAAACAUAAAAAUGUAAUUAUCCAAUAAAAUAAUCAGUGAUGCAAAUAAGUUGAUGUUAUCUAUACAGUUUAAUGAUUAUUUCAUCCAUCAUAAUUCAGUGAUGUUUUACUCUUGCAAUGCUUGUACAAAAUUGAUUUCUUUUAAAAUGUGUGUGUUUCUUCAAAAUCACUGCUAAGCAGCAUUUUCUUUGAUUUUUGUCUGUCUUUAUUGUUUUUAUUUAUUAUUACUAUUUUUGCUAUAAACAUUCUUAUGUAAUCAUGUGUGUUUGAACUAGGUAUGAAUUAUUGCACUAGCUACCAUGAUAAUUAUCAUUUUGUUGUAUAAAAUGCCUUGCCAUGUUUAAAGUAUUUGUAUAUUUUGGUUAGCACAUUUCUUAAAUAGAUAUAUUGAUUUCCUAAUGUUGAAAGCGAUGGAAGAGACAGUUUCAGAUAUAGCUAGAUCUUCAGGAGUUUCUAGCACUCCUGAUUUGUGUAAUUAUAUAACUCCAUGUAGCUUAUUUCUCCAGUUGAAGUUUAUUUUUUAGAUGGAUAGAACAAAUAUUCACCUUACCCUGUAUUCACAACUAUGGAAAUGAUUUGUAUAAAUUUGUAUUAUUUUUGCAUGAAAAAUGGCCAAAGACUUCCUAUUUUAAGGCAAUAGACCAUUUAAUAAUGCCAGCACAGCUGUAAAAAAAAUAGAACCAAAUGUCCCUUGUGUCACCUUUAUUGAUGUCUGAUUUGCAUAAUUCCAGAAAGCUGCAUGUGAUGCAGAAUUGCACAAGAAUGAAUAUGAAUCUGUGAAAUAAUUUUCUGUUGGUUGUUCUGUAUUCAUGGUGUCGGGGGGACUACUAAUAUGGUCUUCCCUUUCUGAAAUUUCUUAGAUGCCAAACCACUUUUUGGCGGAAAUUAACAACCAGACUUUCUGCAGUAACAUAAUGAAACUGUGAAAGAGCCAUAAUAGGUAGGACACGUUUUAGGUGACAGAUACAAAACAGGGAAUGUUGGACGUAUUACAGUGCCUGUAUUCACUCUGUACUUAAAUAUAAGGUCACAAUUAUUUCAUCUCUGUUUACUCUUUAAAUUUCAGCGACGUUUUUACCACUUAGUCUCUACUGUGUGAAAUAUUUCUUCAGAAUUGAUCAUUAUUUGUUGCAAUUCUACCUUUUUUCUUUUGUUUGUAUAUGGUCGUGCUACGACUUUUGAGUUUUGAUACCUUGUGCUGUGUAACAGAUUACUAAAUAAUUAAUGGUACUAAGAUUUCCUCUUUCAAAAUACAAUGAUCAUGAUGUGUACUUAUAUUUGGUACAUGUGCUUGUAAAUAUUGGUUUUAAAUGAAUGUAUUGUAAAUGUCAAGAAAUAUUUGUAUUCUAUGUGCAGAUGUUAUAGCAUCGGCUGCAUUUUGUAAGAUAAAAGAAAGAUGCUUAAAUGUAUAAGUCACAAGACACCUAAUGGAGGACGAAUACUGUAUGACACUGAAUUUGAAGAAGACAAUAUUUGAUAAUGGAGAAUAAGAAAUUGAAUAGUCAAUAGAACAGUUUUCAAAUCUUUAUUAUUUGCAUUUGAAUAUGAAUUUUGUUUGUAUUUCUCUUUUGUCAUUUUAAAUGCUUGAAUUGAUUUAAUACUUGAAUGUAAUUUGUGAUUUCUUCUGAAAAUAUGAUUUGAAUUAUGCAAUUUUGUUAUCUUCCAUUCAAAAUGACUCAGUGAGCAUCCAAGUUAGGCUUCCUGCAUUUCAUUCUUUCUUUCUUUAUGUUCUUAUUUGUUACAUUUUUGCCCAGAAAAUAAGUUUGAUGUCAAUGUUUGUAUUCAUUAGAAGUUAAUAAGUUAAGUAGCAAGACAUCACUGUAAGAAUUAAAUAGAUAUCUUCUGUUCAGACUCAGAAGGGUGUUAGCUCAUGUACACAUAUUUAAUUCCCUUCGACUCCAAGCAGACCAUAUCUUUCUCUUUUUUCUCUCUCUCUCUCUCUCUUCACCAUGCACAAGCAUAGAUUUGCACAUUUAGAUAGGGGAGUUGAUAAAGAUAAUUAUAGAUAGACAGGUAAGAUUUAAACACCACUUUCUUCCUUUUAAAAGAUAGUAACUGAAGGCCCUUGCACAUUGCAAAGAAUAAUUUGGCAUACGAUUUGUUUUUGUUUACAGAUUGUAGCCAUUUAUCCUUCUCUGUAUAGUAAAAUUGAAAACCUUAUCAUUUGAAGAUGAUUGUCAUCUUUCUUCCUUCUCAUUCUUCUUCCAUUAAGAAAUUUAAAGAAAAGCAACACUUUGGUCAGCCUUUAUGAGCACCUGUUUUUAAUACUGUUAUAAUGUGUGUCUUAAAAAUAUGACUGAUGUUUUCACAAGACAAUGAUCAUUGGAUUAACAUUUCUUGUUGAAUUUAAGUUUAACCAAUGUUGUGUCUUAAGAAGAGAAAUGACUUUGUAUUCCUUGUGUUGAUCAUAAACCCUGUAGAAAACUGACUAGCUAACCAAUGACUGUACACUGUGCUCUUGUAGUCUCUAUGGAAGAUAUGUUCAAAUGUAGUCACUUCUUUUUGGACUGUCGGUUGUUCACUUGUCUUGCUUAGCUUGCUGUAGAUGUAAGAUAAAAAAACUGAGAAUUAAAAAAUGCAGUCAUUCUUGUCAAAAAUUGAAA